AUGCAGUCAUCAAAGGCAGAAAUGUCUUCCAAGCAAUCUCCUAGCUACCAAGGCGGUUCAACUCAAUCUGAAAAACCAACGCCCACAUCCACACCUACUUUAUCUCCCCGUCGUGUGCUGUCAUGGCUGAUGUGGUGGAAUUCAGAAGAAUGGUGGCCUUGUUGGAUCGGUCUGAUCUUCUUUGGAUGCGUAGUGAGUGCUGUAAAGCAUGACAUACCUGAACCAAAGUUUUUACCCUGGUCAACAAAUCCAUUUUUAACGUUUGCCACCGUGGGAAAUUACGGGCUACUGGUUUUAUUCUUCGCGGUUGGACUAAUUGUCUGGCUGGCAAUGGCAGCUACAAAUGCAAAAAACUGGCGUCUUUAUCCAAUUGGAUAUUUAGUUGUAUUUUUUGUAUCCCUAAUCAGCAAGAUGUUAGCCAGCAAUGUGACCCUGCACAAGGCUAGUAUUGGCGAUUCCAUAUGGGCUAUUAUUAUCGGCUGUAUUCUUCGCAAUUUGUUGAGUAUCAACAAAGUCUCGAUCGCACUCCCGCAUUGGCUCAAGGUUGCCCAACAGACCGAAUUCUACAUUGCCACCAGUCUUGUCUUGCUGUGUAUCGACAUCAGUGUUCUCAGACCGCUCGCUCCUCGCGCUUUGUUUGUCAGCUGGAUCGACACUCCUCUUCUGUUCAUGGUCCUGGCUUUUAUCGGCUGGCGUUUCCUUCGUAUCGAUCUCCAGACCGCGAUCAUCAUGUCCGGCGCAACGUUUAUUUGCGGCUCGUCGGCUGCAAUUGCACUUGGCGCAAGUAUGGGAUCACCCCAGAAGACUGAACUCCCGAUAGCAAUCAUCUCAAUCUUCACAAUCCCGAGCAUCAUUGCCCUACCUUAUGUCGCCAAAGACUUGGGAUUCUCGGCUACGGUGAGCGGGGCCUGGUUCGGUGGCUGUGUUGAUUCGACAGGUGCAGUAUUGGCAUCUGCUAGUAUCUAUGGCGACAAGGAAGCAGUCGACACAUCGGCUGUAGUCAAGAUGAUGCAGAAUGUCUUGAUUGGACCUUUGUCUGUCCUCAUGGCCUGGGCCUGGUCUCAUCAUGAAUUGCGCAUGGCAUACAGAGCCAAUGAAGAGGAAAUGAUGCACGCAAUAACUGACACUGCUAGCAACGAGUCAACAAUCGACAACACAGACGGACCACAUGGACCGCAUGAACCAGAGAAUGAGGGAUGUGCAACUAUCCCUCAGCCUAGAAUGGCACCUAUUGCGCGCCGAGACAAGGCAUGGGUUCUUCUCUGGAAACGUUUUCCAAAGUUUGUUCUUGGUUUUAUUCUGACUGCAAUCCUCUUUAACACCACUGUCGAUGGAGACCCACAGCUCCGUUCGAAUGUCAACACAUUUUGCUUUUAUGUUUCUGAGUGGUUCUCGACAUUGUCGUUCGUUAGCAUCGGCUUGGGACUCCAUUUGGACGAUGUGCGCCAGAACAUUCGCAAUCUCGGCAAACUUUGUACCCUGUACAUUAUGGCACAGAUGGUGGAUAUUGUUGUGACAGGAGUUCUGGCAUGGACAGCAUUUACUUAUCUCUAG